AUGACACGCGCUCAGCAAACAGUUUCGAUUCUACUCCUGCUUUCCUCCCUCUAUUUUGCUCUGUUCCUCGGCCUUGUUCCCAUCAACGAGACCAUUCAAAAUGAAAUAGUCCCUGUCCUGCCCUUUUAUGCUCUCAUCGUGCUCGCCUGUUUUCUGGGUGCCCGGCUCGGCUACAUGAUUCUGACAUUCAACGACGUCCCCGAAGAACACAAAUUACUCCAGAAGGAGAUUGAGCAGGCGAAAACUGAGCUACGCAAGGUCAAUGUGGAUGUGGAUUAG